UGCAAAACCAAGCGCUUCCGCCCGCUUCAGUGAAUCGCAUAGUUGCUUAAAGUGGCCAAAAACGAAUAGCAGUUGCCAGAGAUCAACAAAAAUCGAGCAUAUUAUAAAAGCCAAUUGAACCAAAAAAAAACAACAAGUCACCAAUUAGCAGCUUUUUAAGUUUUCAUUAACCAUAAAAAGUAUAUCCUCCAGAGCUGCUUUCUUCCUACAGUCGGCACCUACUACAUUCGUCCCUUCAACAUGUCCGAGUUUCGUUUCUUCUCAUUCACCGAUUUCCAAUACCGCGCCAAUGACUCAACGCUCUUCACGUUGCCCAUCACGCUUUCGACAAAGAGCACACCGGCCGACAAUGAGAUGUCCGAUGACUUGAAUGUGCCGUACAUGGUUUUCGAGAUAUUAGUUGCCAUUUUUGCCGUUGUCGGUAAUUUUAUGGUAAUUGUGGUUUUUCAACGCGAACGCAAACUUCGUCGUCGUACAAAUUAUUAUAUAGUUUCUUUGGCGAUGGCAGACUUUCUGGUCGGCUCGCUGGGUGUGCCAUUUGCGGUGCUGGCAUCGGUGGGUUUGCCAAGAGAUUUGUAUACCUGCCUCUUCACCGUUUCACUGUUGGUGGUGUUGUGCACAAUUUCCAUUUUCUGCUUGGUGGCCGUAUCGGUGGAUCGUUAUUGGGCCAUACUAUAUCCGAUGGCAUAUUCGCGAAAUGUGCGCACGCGUACGCGCGCACUCACCGACUCUUCAUACAGUGAUUGUGAUAUGCAAAAGAAAAGCGCUGGCCAUACACCGCCAGCCAAGGGCCGAUUGCUGAAGACGGCACAUCAACGCCGGUUAUCCCAACUGGAUGCUGUUGAGCAAGCACGCGGCGGUUGUAGCACUGGUGAUACAGAUGGUGGCGGCUUCGGCGGCGGUAUCGGUUCCUGUUCACGAUCUACUUCCAGCUUAUCGGGACUCAGUAAUGCGGGAGUUUAUGUCGUUGAAAAGGACACGAGUCCGUUGUCGCCACCACGAAAGCGUAAAUUCAAGAAAGCGCAACGCCUGCCUAUGAACAGCAACAAGGCGGCUGAAUCAAGCAAUAAUAAGACGGCAUCUGGAGUGAAUAAAAACAGUCGAUCAUAUUCCUGUACCAGCGAGUCCAUGUCCACGCCCACCAAAGAGGUGGCGAAUGGCACAAAAGUGACGCAAACGCCGCCGACAAACACACAUUCCAACAGCGCCAGCAAUGGCAAAAACGCGCCCAAAGCGCCUACCCACAAUAACAGUAACAACGGUAGCAAUAAUCAUAACAAUUACAAUUUUAAUUGUCACACGACAGAGCGGCUGCCGCAUACGAUCCAUUGUCAUGGCCACGACAAGUUCAGUCGGUUGCGCGCUGUCAGUCACCUCAUUUUUCCGCCCAUCGUGAAGCACUCCAGUCUCUUUCAUUUAUUCCAACCGAGCGCGACCAGUGCGGAAAAUGUAACAGCGAACAAUGCGAGUACAGUCGAUACAGUUGCAACAACUACCGCCGAAUCAAGCGCUUGUGCUACAACAACGGCAACAAUAGCGAGUCCAGAUUCAGUUGCUUCCAGCGGAACGAGUAAAGCGCCUACUACUACUACUACUACGAGCGAGUGCAGCGAGCAAACGCCUCAAGCGACUGCCGCGUCGCGCAUCGCUUCCGUGGAUGAGUCAAUUAAGACGACAGUUACCGAUUUAACAGAUCCAGCACCGACGCCGCAGUCCAGAGCGCAGCCACCGCCUCCAACAAUAGAUGCACGUUUGAGUUAAGCGCUGAGAGGAGGAGGACUGAAUGUAGGUACUGACAGGCAUUUGUUUCCAUAUUUUUUUCUAAUUUAGUUAUACGAUUUUAUCGAUAAGGGAUUAUUAAUUUAAAUUACUAUAUACAUGCAUAACUAUUAGAUGAAUACGUGCCGUACGAGUGUACGUACAAACGGGCAUAUGUUUGUACGUUUAGUUUUACUGUUAUUUUAUAGUUGUAAACGAAUACUCAUUCUAAGUGUACUGGUAUGUAGUUAAUGUAGUUUUUAAUUAUUUACCUUCAUGUGUGAGUGUGUGUGUGUGCAUACAUAUAUACUACAUGCAUAUUUAUUACUAAUGUAUGUACGUACAUACAUACAUACAUAUGUAUAUCAAUGUAAGGAUUGGUAUUCAUGCAUUUGGUGCGAGUUUACUAAGAAUUUGCAUACGGCAAUUAAUUGAAUAAAAAAAGGCUUUCAAAUGGCGUUUAAAUGUAAAUGAUGUCUGCGUGUGCUAAGAAUUUUUUAAUCUUAAAAUUAAGAAAAAUACUUAUAUUACCACCCAGUGCAUGAAUUGAAUGUAACAGAGGAAAAAUCAAGCAGGAAAAACUUUAGGCAAGAAAAAACGGCAAAGCUUGGUAUUUGAUAAUGUUAAUGUUUUAAAUCCCAUAGCUGUCAAUUGUAAAA